GCGCGUGUCACCUCUGGGGUGCGUUGCAGAUACCUCUGCGACGCCAACUUGAAAGUCUCCCUCAGCCUAGGAUUUGACUCCAGUUUACCAACUCCUAACCCCCGCCCAGCUCAACCGCAGCUCCAACUCCGUGAGAAAGCCCCGACUUUGCAGAGCCCCAGGUGCAGUGGAGCUCGGCAAACUUGAGACACUUUUUCCUUCCCUUCCUCCAACCCAAUCCAAGUUUAGGUUCUGACUGAGCCAAGAGUGGGUGCUAAAGCAGCGGGCAUCAGAUGUCUAGGGCGGGCCUCCAGGUCACUGGGGGACUCUCAGGUUGAAGUCUUGCCGUGGGCAGAGGCUUCAGGGCUUCUCCCAGAGCCGGUUGCUCUGCACCGCUGGAAAACCACACUUCGUCGCAGCAUGGCCACCAGCCUUAGCGCAGACAGCCCGCAGCAGCUGAGCCCGCUGUCUACCCAGCAGACCACACUUCUGCUACUCCUCUCUGUCCUGGCCGCCGUGCACUUGGGACAGUGGCUGCUGCGACAGUGGCGGCGGAAACCGUGGUCCUCGCCCCCAGGUCCUUUCCCAUGGCCACUGAUCGGAAACGCGGCGUCUGUGGGCCGGGCGUCGCACCUGUACUUCGCGCGCCUUGCAAGGCGCUAUGGUGACGUUUUCCAGAUCCGUCUGGGCAGCUGUCCCGUGGUGGUGCUGAAUGGCGAGAAUGCCAUCCACGAAGCCCUGGUGCAGCAAAGCAGCAUCUUCGCCGACCGGCCGCCCUUCGCCUCUUUCAGUGUGGUGUCUGGCGGCCGGAGCCUGGCGUUCGGCUCCUACUGCGAGCGCUGGAAGGCGCAGCGACGCGCGGCUUAUGGCACGAUGCGCGCCUUCUCCACGCGCCACCCGCGCAGCCGCCGCCUCCUUGAGGGCCACGCGCUGUGCGAGGCGCGAGAGUUGGUCGCGGUGCUGGUGCGUCGCUGCUCAGGCGGUGCCGUCCUGGAUCCGACGCAACCGAUCAUCGUGGCCGUGGCCAAUGUCAUGAGCGCCGUGUGCUUCGGCUGCCGCUACAACCACGAUGAUGCCGAGUUCCUGGAGCUGCUCAGCCAUAACGAAGAGUUCGGGCGCACGGUGGGCGCGGGCAGCCUGGUGGAUGUGCUGCCCUGGCUGCAGCUCUUCCCUAACCCGGUGCGCACCACCUUCCGCGAGUUCGAACAGCUCAACCGCAACUUCACCAACUUUGUCCUGGACAAGUUCUUCAGGCACCGCGAAAGCCUGGUACCUGGAGCUGCUCCCCGUGACAUGAUGGACGCCUUUAUCCUCUCCGCAGAAAAGAAGGAGGCCGGGGAAGCUGGCGAUGGUCCCUUCGGGUUGGACUUGGAGAACGUGCCGGCCACUAUUACGGACAUCUUCGGAGCCAGCCAAGACACCCUCUCCACCGCGCUGCUCUGGUUGCUCAUCCUUUUCACCAGAUACCCUGAUGUACAGGCCCGGGUGCAGGCUGAGCUGGACCAGGUUGUGGGUAGGGAUCGUCUGCCCUGCAUGGAUGACCAGCCCAACCUGCCUUACGUCAUGGCUUUUCUUUAUGAAUCGAUGCGAUUCACCAGCUUCUUGCCUGUCACCAUUCCUCACGCCACCACUGCCAACACCUUUGUCUUAGGCUACUACAUCCCCAAGAACACGGUGGUUUUUGUUAACCAGUGGUCUGUGAAUCAUGACCCAGCGAAGUGGCCCAACCCAGAGGACUUCGAUCCAGCCCGAUUCCUGAACAAGGACGGCUUCAUCAACAAGGAACUAGCCAACAGUGUGAUGAUUUUUUCGGUGGGCAAACGGCGGUGCAUCGGCGAAGAGCUCUCUAAGAUGCUGCUGUUUCUCUUUAUCUCCAUCCUUGCUCACCAGUGCGACUUCAGGGCUAACCAAAACGAGCCCUCAAACAUGAGUUUCAAUUACGGCCUGACCAUUAAGCCCAAGUCAUUUAAAAUCCACGUGUCUCUCAGAGAGUCCAUGGAGCUCCUUGAUAGAGCUGUUCAAAAGCUGCAAACUGAGGAGGCUCGCCAGUGAGAAGCCGGAGAUAGCAGAGAUGUUACAAGUACAUCUGACUCAUUACCUGGGGAGGGAAAUACAGGUUUUUUUUUUUUUUUUUUUUUUCCAGCUCCAUUUUUGGUAUCACUUCUCUAAGUGAGCAGAGACUAAGUGGCCUGAAGGUGAGGCAUGUUAACAAGUUCAUGGCUCCUCAUGGGCUCAUGCUGCCCUUCCUGGAAGUAUUUUUGAGUCAAAGAGUAAAAGGGCCUAUGGAUUUUUUUUUUGCAAUUAAACAUACGCACACAUAUCAAUAGAUGUGCACAACUACCUAACAAAGUAUUUCACUAAUUCUGCCUUUGUAGGUCGAUUUGAAAUGGAACCUCUAUGUGCAGAAAUUUACGCCUUCAGAACCUACACUAAACAAAGGUUUAGGAUAUACUCAAGAUUCAAAGACAAGUGAUUUCAAUGAAAAAUUGUGCAGACCAGAAAUUCUCCACCAAGAACCAACUUACCUGAGAAACUACUUUAAUUCCUUUGUAGUGGCCCUGGCUGAGGUUCGCUUUUUGCCUGAAGACGCUCCUGCCACUUUAGGAUGGACCAUAAAGUCAGUUACUCAAAAAGAAAUUCGUGGUUAAUUCAAUAACUGUAGCAGGUUUCACAGAUUAAUUAAUUUAAAGGUAAAUUGUUUAGAUGGUAAAAUUUUUUUUUUUACAAGUUAAAGUUGCAUGCCAUUUGGCUGCUAAAGUGAACUGUUUCAGCUGGGAAGAGAAAAAAGAUUUGCCAGGCCAGCUUAAGCUGUCAAAUAUGAGACUGUAAUAAAGUGGUCUCAGUAGUAAGUCUCAUAAAUAAAAACAAACAAACAAACAAACAAACAAAAAAACCCCUAAUGUCACCAGACAGUAUUCAAUGACUAUAAAUUUGUUACUUAGUAAUUCAUAAACAUCAUAUGAAUAUGAUUUGAUCAGAAAAAUAUUUGAAUAAUAUAUUUCUUAUGUCAUAUUAUAAACCAAAAACUAUAAUCAAUUGAAAUCUGUCCAAGUUCAGGAAAUGAGCUUGACUAAAUCAAUCUGUUUUGACAUCAGGACACCAAGUAACAGAAAGAUUUUUUUUUCUCAUUGAAGGUUCAGACAAGGGACAAAUCUCAAAACUAAAUUAGCAAAAUAUGUUCUUAUCUGGUAAUUGUUAUAAUACAGAUGCUUCUUUUGGGAUUGGCCCAAUUAAUUUGUUAAAAUUCCAAACUCUUGACAUACUUCAAUUUUAAAUGAGCUUAAAAUCCACCUUGAUUAUUUCAUUUCAGUUGAAGCUAGAGGAAAUAAGGUCAUUAUUUCUUCGAAGGUGAGACACCUAACCUUUGUCUGAGGACAAAUGCUGGAAAAAAAGGGG